AUGGACAGUUUCGCGCGAGGCGCGUGCUACUCUUGCGGCUCCAACGGCCAUCAGGCCCGUGACUGCCCGACCAAAGGUCCUGCUAAGUGCUACAACUGCGGCGGCGAAGGUCACAUGAGCCGAGAUUGUCCUGAGCCCUCCAACUCGGGAAACAACGUCAGGGCCUGCUACAAGUGCGGCCAGCCUGGCCACAUCUCCCGUGACUGCCCGUCCAAUGUUGGUGGCGCCAGCGGCGGCGGCGGCAGCGGUGCCAUGGGUGCCGAGUGCUACAAGUGCGGCGAGGUCGGCCACAUCGCACGCAACUGCCCCAAGGCUGCCGCUUAUGGCGGCGGCUCCUACGGUGGCAGCUUCGGCGCUGGCGGCGGCGGCGGCGGCGCGGGCAAGACCUGCUACUCUUGCGGUGGCUACGGCCACAUGUCUCGGGAGUGCGUCAAUGGCAUGAAGUGCUACAAUUGUGGCGAGUCUGGCCACUACUCUCGUGACUGCCCAAAGGGUGGCGAGGGUGGCGAGAAGAUCUGCUACAAGUGCCAGCAGCCCGGCCACGUCCAGGCGCAGUGUCCCAGCAACUAA